GGAUCUCCCGGCUGGGGCUGGGUCAAGCAACAGGAACCCCACGGGAAAAUUCCCCCGGAUGGGUUGCGACACCCCGUGGAGGAGCUGCAAUGCCUGUGGCCGGGAGAGCAGCAGGGGAUGGCGCUUUGGCUCAAGGUGCCUUCCUGAAGAGUGCAGCAUGACAGAGCUCCAUGAAGCUGUGGCUGUGGGUGACUAUGACCUGGUGAAAAAGAUUUUGAAUGCAGGAUGCUGUGACCCAAACCAGAAGGAUUGUGACUGGCAUGACAGGACCCCCCUGCACUGGGCUGCCGCCAAAGGACGGUCGGACCUGGUCAGGCUCCUGGUGGAUCACGGUGCCCGGCACUGCCUGCGGAGCGAUGUGGGCUGGACCGCGGCUCACUUCGCUGCCGAGGCGGGGAAGCUGCGGGUGCUCCGCGCCCUUCACUCCCUGCACGCUGCUAUGGAUGCCGCCGACCUCUUCGGAGAUACUCCCCGGAGGCUCGCAGAAUUCUACGGACACCGGGAGUGCACCAAAUUCUUAGAAAAAGCAGAGGUGGAGAGCAGGAACUACCGCAGGAAAGCUGCACUGAGAAAAAUCCCCUUAGACCAGAGAGAUGAAGAGUGGGAACUCAAGAAAGAAGAGCUUAAGAAAAAUCCACCAUGUUUUUGGAAGAAGUGUAUGGCCUCCAUUCCACAGAAAAAUGGGGGGAAAAAGGGAAAGCAGUAGUGUGCCCUGUCUGGUGCUUCUGAGCAUUUGCAAUGCAGAGCAAAGGCACUGGCAGACCUCAGGUGGAUCUGCAGUGUGAUAUUUGGAUGAAUGGAAGAAGCAGAAGGCUACAAGAGAGCAUCCUUAGAGAUCCGCUCUCCUUAAGAGCUAGAAGUGCUUCAGUCUCUCUGUGUGUUUCUGUGUAUCUGAUCUCAGAAAUAAAAACAACUAAAGAAAAUA